GGGAUCGUGGAACCCCGAGGCUCCUGAGCGCGCCUGUCGGGCGCUGGGAGCGGGAUGGAAGGCGGCGGAGCGGCGAGGGUGCGCGCCCCGGCGGGAUGAGUCCUGGUGGGAUGCUCGCCCGCCAGGGCCGCCGCCGGGCAUGUCGUCCUCGCCAGCCUCUGAUCCGCGGCUGCAGUCGGGCGGCGGGGCCCGCCCCGAAUCGCGCCGGCCUCGUUCCUGGCGCCUCCAACCCCAGAUACUAAUAGAGGAUCCUAUUACCACGUAUCUUUCACCCUCAGUGUAUGAUAUGAUCUGUAAACUCGGGUUUGAAGUCAAAGAAAAUUGUGACAUCAAUAGUAUUAUAACUCAGAGUGGUGAAGUAUGCUGGAAGACAAUCACAGACUGUGCAAUUUAUACAGUGUCAGCCCAGGAUCUGGAUUACCGGGGGAGCGUGAGGCUGCUGGGCCCUGUGUGUGAGGCUGUCCACUCACACCUGUCGUCUCUGACCAGGGGGCAGUUUGAAGUCCAGUGUGCACCGUGGCUCCAGUGGACACACUUUCCACAGUUAUUUCCCGAAAUUUUUGAUGCUUUGAGAAGUCGUCAGUCUCCUGCCAUUUCUCUCAGUUUGAUGAAGCUGACCUCCUGUCUAGAACGGGCCUUGGGUGAUGUGUUUUUGCUGAUUGGGAAGGAAUGCCCCUUCCUUUUAAGAGAUCUGCUUGUGUCUGAAGAGCUCACACAGGUGUUCGGGCAGCCCGUGGUGAACGUGCUGAGGGUCUUCAUGGGCUCCCCGCAUGGACUCAACCUGCGGAACGUCUUAUGGCACGGCUUCGCAUCCCCGCGGGAGAUUCCUCCCAAGUACUGUUCAAUGAUGCUGCUGCUCACGGUGGGACUGGGUCAGCUGCUGCAGAGUCACCUGCAACGGACACGAGCCACAUUGGCACACCGACCUUUUGUGGCUCUGCCAGACUUGAAGGAUGCAGUCGUUUUCCCUGAUGUUGCACAUGACAUGCUUUCGGUGUUAGAAGAAGGGAUGAGGAAGUCCACUUUUGUGCUGAAAAGCAUGUUGCCUUAUUGGGAACUUGCAUUAAUCAAGUUCAAGUCACACAGGUUUGCUGACUGUGCCAUUUUGUUGUUGACACAGCUGGAGGCGGGACUUAGGAAAGUCUUCGCCGCCGUCAACCAGUGUCCGCAGAGACUGCUGACCGCCGAGUCAACAGCUCUUUAUACCACUUUUGAUGAAAUCCUGGCAAAACACUUGAAUGAUGGUCAAAUCAAUCAACUUCCCCUUUUCCUUGGAGGCCCUGCCAUGGAAUUUCUGUGGGAUUUCCUGAACCAUCAGGAGGGUCCCCGUAUAAGAGAUCAUUUAAGCCAUGGGGAAAUUAAUCUACUUGAGUUUCCAAAAGAAGCAGCAGAUCAGUUGCUUGCAUUUUCCAUUGUACUUUUACUCAGAUUUGUUGACGAAGACCUGUCAUCAUCAUUUCAGGGAAAAGCGGCAAUCCAGUCACUGGUGAGUCUUGCAGAAGGGUACAGCGCUCACUUCCAUCCUGUUGCUCAGCUUAAAAAACAGGUGCUGAGCUGUGAGAAGAGCAUCAGGGCCUGGCCUUGUCUGCCUCUGCCCGAAGAGGCUGAGAGGGGAGCAGCCAGAUUAGAAGGUGAUUCUGAAACAAAAGCCUGCAGUGCCUUAAUUAUAAAAAUCAUGUGUGAGCUGUGCCGCCAUGUGCCUGAGAGUCAUUGUGUUUUUGAGGACUUGGAUGAUAUUCCUCCUGAGAGGUGGCCCCAGCUGCUCGGCAGCCUCUGCAGCGUCCCAGUGCCAACCCUGUUCUGCCCCAGAGCCGUUCUGGAAGUGCUCACGGUGCUGCAGAGUACGAGCACGUGCUGCACCCAGGUGUCCAGCCAGGUCACUGCCUCCUUGGAGCAGAGGCACCAGCUUUGGGCGGAGAGGCGGCUGCGCUCCCGGCAGAGGAGGAGCUUCCUGCACAUGUUGGGCAGCAUUAAGCUUCUGUCUUCUGCACUCCACCUGAUUUUAUUGCUGAUCGCCCUGGAAUUGAUCAACAUUCAUGUGGUUUGUGCAAAAAAUACUCAUGACUAUCAGCGGUAUCUAAAGUUCUUAAAGUCGAUCUUGCAAUACACUGAGAACCUGGUGGUUUACACCAGCCCAGAGAAGAACAAGUGGAGUGGAAUUACCGAUCUCACACACACUGCUCUGUUGAGAAUUUGGACUUUCAGUGAGAAGAAGCAAAUGUUAACACAGUUAGCCAAAACCCACAAAUUAUACUGACCUUAGGAAAACACAAGUCAAGAUCUUGAGUGUGGCUGCAUCGGAGAGCCCAACCCGAGUAGACCUGGCAGCAUGUAAGCUGGAAAUGCAAAGGCAGGUGGCUCCAGGGCUGGUCAGGUGGCUCAGGUGCCCUCGCCCCGCAGAUUCCGGUCUGCUCCUGAGCUGGUGGGACUGCCCAGCCAACACCUUCCCUGACAUAUGGUCCCAAGGGGGCUGCUUCUCACCAGCUGUCUGUCACCAGCAGCGGGGGCUCCUGUCUUGCUGCUCACCUGCCUGUUCCUGCAGACUGCCACUGGCCAGGCUGAGCCGACGUCCACCUUGGACCAGCCGUCAGGCACGAGGAAGGGCUUGGGCCCAUCAUGCCUCCUGAGCUGAGAAGAAGGUUGGCAGAGUCCAGUUCUCAGAGUCCGAGUCGGGAGGAGCAGCUCCUUAGGUGCAGGCUGGCCAGGGAGCCAGGUCCGGAGGGUCACUGCAGGGGUGGAGCUAGAGAGGGACCACCAGCACUGCCCAGCCUCAGGGCCCCAGCUCAGAGGUUGCCAGGGUGGUUCCCUGAGCCGGAAGCCCCUUUAGGGCUGUGCUGGACUCAGGUCGGUGUCUUUGUUGGGCUGUGGCCGUCCUCGGCGAGUCACAGCCUCUCCCCCACCUUCCGGGCCUCCCCCACCUACCCCCCAGGAAGGACACGUGGCCUCCGGUGUUCAGUGUAGGAGACCCACGGGCAGGGGAAGUAGAACUGGGGGACAACAGACUCUAGCACCGCUCCCUCCACCAGCUCAGCACCCACCAGCCCCUUUUAAGCCAAACUCCUGUGUAAAGACAGUGAAGACCACGCUUCUGCCCCCAUGAGGCAGCUCUCUCGUGAAGUUGCCCCAGACACCACAUACCAGCAUUUCCCCCUCGGGAUGUUCUCUGUAGUGUGCCUGCAGCCUCCCUUGGACAUGCCCGCAUUUAAAUGAUGAUUUGUGAGAUGAGCCACACCACUGACCCUCCUGACGCUGGCACUGGAGUGGGAAGGGGGAGGAGGAAGAGCUGGCUGACCCACAGAAGCACACGCCAUGCCCAUGAGGGGUGCGUGGGGCCGCUCUGCCUGAGCCAGCCCUGGAGUGCCUGCACUGCUGUUAAAGCUUCUGUGCUGGUGCCCAGAGGUUGGCCCAGACCCUGCCCGCGGGAUGUGAGCCUCCGAGCCUUGGCAGCACUACUUCCCACCGACUUCCAUCCUGGGAAUGGGGUGCCUGGGUCCCCAGAGGUGUGGGUGCUCUCCCCAUUGCCCUCUGUGGGGACUGCUGUCUCCCCAAGGGAGUGGGGAGCAGUCACCCAAGCCGCUGGUCAGCCCUUCUUUGUCCCAGUUAGUUGGCAUGAGGUGUCCAGCACAGCCAGGUGGCCUCAGCCUGCAGGCCACUGUGUUCCUGUGUGAAAGUGUGCCACCCUUAGGGGUGAGGACAUCUGAAGCUGCAGAGUCGUGAAAUGAGCCAGUGGCUCGUUAGGGGCAGUGAGAGGAAGGCCCCCUCCAUGUGUGUCCUGGACUGUGUGCUGGCCAUUGAAGCCACCCUGCGUGCCGACCAGCAGUCGGGACCAUCCUCUUAGGCAGGCUGCGGCCCCAAGGGGCAUCACCCGCAGCGCUCCACAGGGCCUGUAGGAGUCCUUGCUGCUGAAGCACUGUAGGUGGGCCUCACCUCGUAGGAGCAGCACCGUGAGAGCCAUCACAGCAAGGCGUCCUGUGAGCCCACUGACGGAAGGCUGUCCCCAGUGUCCGCAGCCAGGCUGUGUCCCCUAGUGCUGGCGGGAGCACGUGGCACGUCUGCACACUCAUUUCUAGAGGGCUGCACACAGACCUCUUGGUCCUUGUCAGCAGUCUUCACACCUUAGCCACCAAUGUCCAAUCAAACUGAUUUCCUUCCAUGACCCUGACCUGUCUCACUUCUGACCCCAACUGUAAAGGAGGGCAUUUGUGUCAUCUAAGCCACCGGGAUGGUGGCUUCUGCAGAAAUAAGGCAUUGACACAGUAACUUCCCUGUGUGAGCUGCCACUCCCAUGGAGGAGGACUGAGGGAAGGGCCGUGGACCACCUGAGGCCUGUCCCGCCAGGAGCGCCUCGGAGGGAACAGAAACAGCAGGGCUAGUCUGGGGCCGUGUCCCCAUGUGGCUGCGUGUGAAUGUGUGAUUUCAAGUACCAGAGCUAAAUGCUCUUACGUUUACAUUUAAAGCUGGCUCUACACAGUGUAAGGGUGAUUUAUAUAUCAUAUGAUUUCAUUCAUGUUAGCAUAUUAAAGUUUAAUUUUUCUUUCCUUUGAUAUCAGUGAGCACACCAUGGCCAGCUGGCAGAGGGACUGUGUGAGUUUGCUCACUGGAGGCUGGACUUGGAGACCCGGGCAUGGGCAGGGCCGGCUUCCCCUGAGGCCUUGCCACACAGCCAUCCCUGUGUACGCUUGGCCCCACGCGCCUGUGUCCUGGCCUCCUUGUGGGGACGCCGCUCUAGUCGGCUCAGGGCCACCCUAAAGGCCUCGUUUCACCUUGAUUGCCUCUGUAAAGGCCCCGUCUCCACAGUCAGGCACAUUUUGAGGCACAAGGAUUCAGACUUCAGGGGACACAAUCUAGUCUGUAACAGAGACCAACAAAGGAAAGGAAAGGCUUUACCAUUCUGUACCUUUGGCAGGACUUCCUGCCUUUUGAGUGAGGGUCCCUGAUUUUCGCUGGGCCUCAGGUGUGAUGCAGACAGCCCUAGAUGCUGACCUGCUUUGGUCUGGCCCUGGAGGAGGCACAGUCUCCCCAUGAGAAUCUGUAGCAAACCUGUCUGCAAGUGGGUGCCCCCAAGACCCUAAGCCUAAGCUUCCUGCGGGGAGUGACAUGGGUCCUUCAGGCACAGGGCUGAGCCCGCAGGUCUCCCCUGCUGCCGCGUGUGAUGGCAGCCAUCACCACAGACCACCAGAACUGCGUUGUCCGGCACCUCCUCACCCCCAGCAAGCCGGCCGCACCUGUUCCUUGACGGUGGUUGGCUGGGCAGUGCCCACAGCUCCCUCCCUCACUCUGAACUUACUCCCUGCUGACACUCCUCUUCACCAACUGCAUCCCCACAGCCACCCAGGGGCAACCCCAACCCAGGAUGCAGGCCUCUGCUCUGACCUCACAGGUGAGCUGGUUUAGAAUUAACUGAGGGACAAAUGUCCAGUCACACCUGGCUUGCUGAGGGCUGAGGGAUGCCACCACGUUGGUCAUCUUGCCAGUAGGAGUCACCGUUGGAACAGAGACUGAUUUCUGCAGCCGGUGUCUGAGGACUUGAUCUGCAGUGGGACAGAGCCAGGGGGCCUGCAUGCCUGAAGAAUGGCCAACAGGUGCCUUACACGAGGUGGCUCCUGCAUGCUUUUUUUUCUCUGCUGGGUGAAUACCUGUAAGCAGACUAAAGUUUUUGAAGAAAAGAGAGAAGUUGAGGAUGAGUUAGAUUUGUUCUCCAUCAAAAGCAAAGAUGAAGAUGGUUCUCUUAAAGGAGCAGUGGGCUCCCCAGCCUCGAGGUCCUCCAGGCUAUUGCACCAGCACGGAUGCAGGAGCUGGCCGGGACACGCUUCUUGCCUUUGUGCGCUGGGCUUCACGAGGUGCAGGAAGUGCUCUGAGCAGUCCAUAGGGAAUCCACAGCUUUGGGAUGGGGUCCAGGUCUGGCAGCCCGCCUGUAUCCUGCCUCCCCUGAUUAAAAGGGAACGCCCUCCUCCAGCAUAAAUUGGUGGAAUGGCCUGGUCUGCUCCGUGUCUUCUUCAGCUGUCCAUCAGCUCUCCGUCCUGCAGUAACUUAUCCUUCUCAUUUCUAAAAUGGUUCCCUAGCUUUUUAUUUAUCUACAUUUUUAUUUACAUUGACAUUUUUGAAGACUUCAAAUCAGUUUUGCAGAAUGUCACUCAAAUGGGAUGUUUGAUGGUUUCCUCAAAUUAACACUUUUGAGUCCAACCCUGCAUACAGGAUGUUUUUCUCAGCCAUCAGGCCAGGACUUUGUGUGUAUGUAUGAUGCUGUGUCGUCCCUGUUCUCCACUCCAGGGGACACAUUACGUUUGUUUCCUUUCUGGUGACAUGAAGGUUGGCAAUCCCUUGGGUAAAUGGGUGGGGUGACAUCAGAUUUCUUCCUUAAUAGGAAACUUUUAUUUGCAAUCAAUAACUACAUGAUGAGUUAUUUGUGGAUACUUUUCCCAGUAGCCUUUCUCCCAUUUUGUAGCAUCCACUGAUAAAUCUAGCCUGAAUUGGUGGAUAUAAAAUGAAAGCAUUCUUUUCCCAUG